AUGCUCGCCGUUGUUGAUCCUAUGGCCGACGCGCAGUUCCCUGGGCCUAACAGGGUGGCCAUUCCACGGCCGCAAGUCGGUAUCGAGAGACUGCCUCCUCGCCGUCAACCAAACGAACCUCGAGAGUCUAUGAACUGCAAAUCUUGUCGCAAGAGAAAGGUGAGCCUAUACCAGGAGGGAUACAUCACCCCGCACAAGCCACUGACAAGAUGCCACCUCCAGAUUAAAUGUAAUAGACUGCGACCGUCCUGUGAAGCAUGCCAGCUAUUCCAAUGCCCUUGCGUAUAUGAUGCCGUACCGAAGAAGCGAGGACCGAAAACCGAUGUGCUGGAGGCGCUGCUUAAGCGAGUCGACGGACUUGAGGCUAAGCUCAAGGAAAAGAAUGCAGAAGAUGGCACAGAUGCAACCGUUGAGGCGUCAGAAGCUCAGAGCGCCGACUCUGAAGAAGCUGGCCCGUCUGAGGUCUGCGAGCCACCACUCAAACGUAUCGCAAGCGCAUCAGAAAAAUCGGCCUCGGGGACGGCCGAACCUAAGUUUUCGAAUUCACAACCAUCUUCGGCGUAG